UCAGAGCGGCGGCGGCGGCGGCGGCGGGUGCGGGCAGGCGGCGGCGGCGGGCAGCAGCGGCACCGGCUAUGCGUCCAAGUGCAGCUGGGCAGCCGCGGCACCCCUGAGGCCCGGGCAGGGCUCCGGGAGCGCAGCGUGGGGACGCUUGUCCGGAGUGUGAGCGGGAGCAGCAGCGUCCGGGCGGCAUCGGCAGAGCUGAGCGCGGAGCCGAGGAGGGGGCUGCGGCGCGGGACUGGGCGGGGGGCGGCCGGCGCGAGCAGCCCCGGGCGGGGGCCGGGGGGCGCCGGCUGCGCAAUGCUGAGCGCCGUGGAGCUGUUGUUGCUGGGGGCCGCGUGGCUGGCGGGCCCGGCCUGCGGACAGAACGAGACGGAACCCAUCGUGCUGGAGGGCAAGUGCCUAGUGGUGUGCGACUCCAACCCCGCGUCCGAUCCCACGGGCACAGCCCUGGGCAUCUCUGUGCGCUCCGGCAGCGCCAAGGUGGCUUUCUCUGCCAUCAGGAGCACCAACCACGAGCCGUCCGAGAUGAGUAACCGCACCAUGAUCAUCUACUUCGACCAGGUGCUAGUGAACAUCGGCAGCAACUUUGAUUCCGAGCGCAGCACUUUCAUCGCCCCACGUAAGGGGAUCUACAGUUUUAACUUCCACGUGGUCAAGGUCUACAACAGACAGACCAUCCAGGUGAGCCUCAUGUUAAACGGGUGGCCGGUGAUUUCAGCCUUCGCUGGUGACCAGGACGUGACCCGGGAGGCCGCCAGCAACGGAGUCCUGAUCCAAAUGGAGAAAGGCGACCGCGCAUACCUCAAGCUGGAGCGGGGGAACUUAAUGGGGGGCUGGAAGUACUCGACUUUCUCCGGAUUCCUCGUGUUUCCCCUCUGACUGCCUCGUAGCCCGCAAGGAGGCAGGGCGAGGGCGAAGGCAGCAGGGGGAGUGAGAAAGAGGCCGAAAUUAAGAGGGCAAGAAAGCCCACGACUGGAAACUUCUGUAUGUUCCCUAGCUGUAUCCGGUGGAAAGGUGCGCGCGGCGGUCAGGCGACUUUGUCGGUUUCCUUGUUAGGAGAAGCAAAUUCCGCUUAGCGCUGCGCACUCCCGUUUCCAAAAAUAAACUCGCUUCCCCCAUUCCAGUUGCAGUAAUCAAGAGACUGCCUUGUCAUUGUUUCUUACUCCCAUGUUCAUAUUCCCUGCAAUUUAUUUAAAGAAACUUUGUAUUUCACUAUAUAAUGUGAAAUCUUUCUCCCUUUCGCCUCUGAAUCCUAUCUACUGAAAUCUAAUAUGUCCCCCCUUUAAUGUGGAGAGGGGGUAAAUUUUCUUUUAUUGGAUGGGGGAGUUACUUUUAAUUUGGCUCUUCUUAAAACACCGCUCAAGUUAAUUAGCUGAAGAUACUUUGUAUCCUGGGCUGCUCGUUAGCCGAGAAAGGACUCACCUUAGUGGUGACUGGUUUAAAAAAUAUAUAUAAAUAUAUAUCAUUUGUAUAUGAAGAACUUUUCCCAGUGGAAACUGGCUGUAUUUCCGUAUUUCUAUGUCCUAUUCAGAGUGAUCGUGAAAUCUAAGGCUGCUCGAUGUUCUGAUGCUUGUCAAUGCCCCGUGCUCUGUGGCUCCUCCAGACGCCAAGGAGGUUCUUCUGGACGCUUCCUCGUCCUCUGUAACAUACGUGUGAAUAGCCAAGAUUUAAUUUUGCUUUAACCCAAUAAAGUCGAAGUGGGACUUCUAUUUUUCUGAAAUAGCUUUCGAAACUCCCCAUCUUCCCCAGCUGCGAGAUUGGGGACCGGGGUUGCCAAAGGUCGAGGCCCAGAAGGGCAGGAGACUUGUGAGAAGGCGACCAGAGAGAAGUUGGGCGGGGGCAAAGGCUUUCUCGAAAAGCCAGCCCUGCACUUCUCCCCGCGCCAGGCCGAGGGCCAGCCCUGCAUUCGCCUGUGCUCACUGCUUUGGCACAAAUAUAAGAAAUCUGGAGGAUAUCUUGCUAGGCCAGGUGCAGCUGCCGGCCUGGGAGCGAAGUUUGAGUUUUUUGUAUUCCAAAUGCAUCGGGAAUAAUCGCAGUUCGAGGACCCAAACCAACCUGUCCAGAGCGGUGGUCUCCCCAUGCUUUCUGUCCCUGGAUGUCCCCAAUCCUUGUCCACUUCGCAGUUCCCAAAGCAGUAUGUUUUAUACCACCACCUCUGAAUCCGGAAUCCACCCUCGGAAUUACCCAGCGCCCAGGAUGUGUGACUGCGCUCAUUCGCAGGACUUUUGUUAUUCAAGAGGUUCGUCUAGGAGUUUUGAUUGUAUGGGAACACAAUGUGAAAGCAAAAUUGAAAUAAAGGACUUCGUUUUAAGUCUGGAA